AUGCAACAGAUAAUCACUGAAUUUUUCGAGAAGAGCCUUCGCAUAAUACUCGAAUCGAGGGCGCUUAAUGUGUCUUCGCGUAAAGGUGGUGAUAAAUCAGAUUCAUCACUGUAUUCGUCUUCUUCGCCUUCAGCAACACUGAGAGAUAAAUGGUUCAAUUUGUCACUCCGGGAUUGUUCUGCGGCAUUUGGGGACAUUAACCAUCUUGAAUCCCAUUCCCUUGUGGUUGAUGUAAUUUUGGUUCAUAGGUCUCUAGAUAGGGACCCUAUGGUCCCAAGAAGGGUUCUUCCUAAGAGUUGUUUAAUGAAAGAAAGAUAUCCACUUUGCUACCAUGGAGAAGAAUUAGGGGUUGAGGCAAAGAGUGGAAAAAUUGUGGAGAGAUGGGUUGUGCAGUAUGAGAAUAGGAAGGUAAAGGAUUCUACUUGUCGAACUAAGAAGUCGAGCCAAAACUUGUAUAAGAAAUUAGCUGAAUUCUUGAGUUUUUUGUAUGCCAAAGUUAGACAUUUACCUGCCUAUCAAAUUUUCAAUGAUCUUAGUUCGUCUGCGUCUGCACCGAUUCGUCCAUUUACCCUUGCUCAUCGCGUGGCUUCUUUUGUUGAGCCGUUCACCCUAAAAGAAGAGUCCGAAAUGAUGGAAUAUAGGUUUAUUCCUGUGGAUACUUCUUCUGGUAGGCUCUGUCUUAAAGUGAUGUAUUGCCCCUCGGCCUCAAAGUUGAUCGGUAAUCUGUUCCCUCGAGUUAUUCCUGACUAUGUUGGAAGCCUAUCAGCAGAUCCGUCGAGGAAGCUUCCAUCAUUUCCUUUGGCAGGAGUUCCAUCUGCAUUGCCAAAGCGAAGUAGUUCCAAUUUUGAAGCUGUUAAUUCCUCUAGAUACACAGAUAUGCAAAGUGAAGCAACUGCUGAGAAGGUCUUUUCUUUAGGAAAAGAUGAACCACAAAAAUUUUAUGGAGAUAGAAUAUCAGCUAAUAGUUUGCGUAUUUCGUCCACUCACCCGAGUUUUGAUGGUACGGAAUACAAUUGUCCAUUUGCCUACGCCUACGAUGAUAUGAAGGGUCCAGCAGACGGAAAAUCCAAUGAUGCUGCUGUGGGUGAGCUUAUAGAAAUGCUAAACAAUGCACAACCUCUCCAUCAAGAUUUUUAUUCUUCAGAACAAUCAUCGGGACUCUGCAGAGGGCAGCGCCGACCAGCAGAGACAUGCAUUCAAGAGGCAUCUAUAGCACGUAGGAAAACAACAAGGGAUGCAUUGAAAGAGUUUGAUGAUUACAUGGAGAUGAAAAACUGGUUGAUUAGUAAAUCACAUAUAUAA